AUGGACAACUCAGAGGGAGGCCUUGGGUCCAGUCUUCUGAGGAGGAUCUCUUCCAGGAAAUCUCACCAGCGCAACAACAGUCCUCAACCCCCCGGAGACAAUGAAAUUGGAAGGAAUGGAGAUGACAGCGGGGUGGGCAGGCUGAGCCGCAGACUGUCCCGUCUGGGCAGCAGGCAUCAGUCCAGAGAUCAGAGACCACAGGCUCAGCCAGAGAGACCUGCUGCUCCACCUGUUCAGCAAGAUGACAGGCCUUCUCCAUCAGCGUUUGUUGUGCCUCCUGCUCCUCUGCCCCCACCCAUGGACAAACCACCCAAGCGCCCCGACAAAUCACUGAAGCCCAAGCUUCCUCCUCGGCCGCUGUCUAAGGAGUUCAGUAGCAGCAAACAUGGGGGAGCCAUGUUGCAGGGCUUAAAUGUUUUCCGUGCAGAUGAGACCCUCUGUGACGUUGUCUUGAUUCCUGGAGACAGCAAAGAAGCUUUCCCCGUUCACAGAGUCAUCAUGGCAUCGUCCAGUGACUAUUUCAAGGCCAUGUUCACAGGAGGCAUGAAAGAGCAGGAAAUGAGAGAGAUCAAACUGCACGGCAUCACCAAAGUGGGCUUAAAGAGCAUUAUAGACUUCAUCUACACAUCCAAGGUCAUCCUUAACAUGGGCAACCUUCAAGACACGCUGGAAGCUGCAAACUUCCUACAGGUCAUGCCGGUUCUGAGCUUCUGCAACGAGCUUCUGAGCAGUGAGAUCACCAUCGAUAAUUGUGUGGAAGUGGAGCGAAUCGCCACAGAUUUGCUUCUUGAGGAUGUUCUGCUGAAUAUAGGUAAGUUUGUGAGCCAGAACCUCACGGCACUAGUGGAGUCUAGCCGUUACUUGGAGCUCUCUGACAUCAGCAUCGCCAACGCUCUGAGCAGCAACUCACUGCAAGGUUUCUCCGAGCUUGAGCUCUACCACAUCGCCAAAGGAUGGCUGGACCACGACACUCCCAAACGCCACUCCUCUGUUUACGCAUUGAUGCGCCACAUUCGUUUCCCUCUGAUGAGACCCGGUGAGCUGAUUCAGAUCUCCCAGGAUGAGGAGGAGGGCUCCGACUCCAUGAUGCGCUCUGACACCGCCUGUGUCAACCUCCUGCUGGAGGCCAGCAACUAUCAGAUGAUGCCUUACAUGCAGCCGGCCCUGCAAACCGAGAGAACCCAGAUUCGAUCAGACUCCACACACAUUCUGGCGCUGGGCGGCGUGAUGCGACAGCAGCUGGUGGUGAGCCGAGAGCUGAGGGUGUAUGAUGAAAUGACCGAACAGUGGAGGGCUCUGAGGCCCAUGGAGGUGCCACGAUAUCAGCAUGGUGUGGCUCUUCUAGGAGGCUUCCUCUUUAUUGUUGGAGGUCAGAGUACGUACGACACGAAGGGCAAAACAGCUAUAGACAGUGCUUACCGCUACGACCCACGCUUUGACAAGUGGCUUCAGAUCGCUUCCCUCAGUGAGAAAAGGACCUUUUUCCACCUCAGUGCUCUGAAGGGGAAGCUGUUUGCAGUGGGAGGACGGAACACGUCUGGAGAAAUCGACACAGUGGAGUGCUACAACCUGAAGAGAAACGAGUGGACCUUUGUGGCCAGCAUGGUGGACCCUCACUAUGGACAUGCUGGAACGGUUCAUGGGGAUCUCAUGUACAUUUCAGGUGGGAUCACUCGGGACACCUUCCAGAAGGAACUGUGGUGUUAUGACCCUGUUGCAGACACAUGGGGUCGGCGGGCCGACAUGAUGGAGCUCCGUGGCCUGCACUGCAUGUGCACAGUGGGUGACAGACUCUACGUCAUGGGAGGGAAUCAUUUCCGAGGCACCAGUGACUAUGAUGAUGUUCUGAGCUGUGAAUACUACAGCCCGAACACAGAUCAGUGGACAGUAGUGGCACCAAUGCCUCGGGGCCAGAGCGAUGUGGGUGUGACGGUUUUCAACGGGCAGAUUUAUGUGGUUGGAGGGUAUUCCUGGAACAGCAGAUGCAUGGUUGACAUUGUCCAGCGAUAUGACCCAGAGGAGGAUGUGUGGGACAGGGUGUUCAAUGUAUUAGAGCCACUGGGCGGGAUUCGUGCUUGUACAAUGACUGUUCAUCUGCCAGAAGGGUCAGUGGAUGAGGCUCAGAUACAUGAGUGUCCGUUACCCACAGCUAAGAGCUGA